AUGGCCGACUCUGGGGAUGAAGAGGAUUCCCGCACAGCUUCUGUCGGUAUCCAGCGUCCUCGAUCGAACAAUUCCUCCAACCGCGGAUCCGGCAACGACUCCCGACCGAAGAAGAGGCGGCGACGGAACCAAUCUCGCGCAAGCGAUGUGAGCGACAUUCUUCCCCGCGGCGCUUCUUUCAGUUCAAACCCACUCGAGGUCGACCCCGACGAGACAACCAGUUCUGGCUCGAGCGCAAGCUCUGAGAGCGAUUCCGACUCAGACUCGCCUGAGAAGCCUGCUCCUGUCAACCCUCAUGCAGGCAGCACUGCGCCUGCUAUCAGUUGGAAUCAAGGGCGAAAGGCACCUGUGCGGACAACGCUUGGGAAGCGCAAGGCGUCAGGCGAGGUUCAGUCGAAGCCUCAGGCUACAGGGCCGGAGUCGAAGCAGUUUACGGCGGUGAAUGCCUUCUGGGACGUUCGCGAUGGGUCGUCUUCACCUAAGCCUAGUGGGGAACAGACUGGUGCGGCUAGCGAGCAACAGUCUGAAGACGGGCUUGAGGGUUCAAGUGAUCUGGAAGAAGGCGAGGUGGAUUCUAGGAGUGAUUCCGAUGCAGUAUCUCUGGAUUCCGAGGCUGAUGAUUCAAUCUUGCUGAACAUUGGCGAGAAAGUCGAUGAUGUCGCUGAUGAAUACAACUCGGAGGAGGUGGCGGUUGCCAAUGGCCAAGUAAAUGGAAACGUGACGAAUGGAGGUGCUCCGGCGCCUAAUUCUUCGGAGUCCAAGGAAGAGGCGUUUCAACGCUACGCGAAGAAAUAUCCCACAACGCCGGCUACCUUGGUGGACCUGAACCAAGAGGAUAUGGAAAUACAAGCCAAAUUCAUCUAUUGGGAUCGAAAUAUCAAUGAUAUUGAUCUUCAACUCCCGGUGGGUUGUACUGAAUGUCUGCAAAAUGGUCACCUGUCUGAAGUGUGCCCCACAAAAGAGUGUUCGCAUUGCCAAGCUUGGAAUCAACAUAUCAGUUCACAAUGCCCGUCAUGGCAAAGAUGUCAACGAUGCCGGGAAAGAGGACACACCGAUAAACAGUGUCCAUCACCGUUGAAAGCAUCGGCUUCUGAAGUUCCCUGUGAUCUAUGUGGGUCAUCGGAGCAUACCGAAUCCUCAUGCGACUACCAAUGGAAGUUUCCACAACGUCCAAGCACUUCAACAGUGGUCAGGGUAUCAAUCUCAUGCGCUAAUUGCGUCAGCGUGAGCCAUCUUAUUGGCGAUUGUCCACAUCUUCAUCGACCAUACCACUCCACAGCCUUCUCACUUCAGGGCAUUGACCCCGAUAAUAUCAUCGACCUCAACAAAAUGCAAAAGCAGAAUCCCCAGCGGGCACCCCCACCGCCAAGCUUCAAUAAUCGGCGGGGGCAGGGCCCUCCUCGCCGAGGGAUGAACGUCCGUUCUCCAUCGUCAUCAAGCGAUGAUAACAUGCCUCGCAAGGGCACUUCAAAGCCUCAACCAGUUAGAGCCCGAGGCCGCGGAAUGCACAUGCGUUUUGAUACUACAUUCACAGCGCCCCGCAAUGGUUCUGGGACCGACAACUCACGGGGAAGGGCACCGACUCGUGGUCGGGCACAAUACCCUGGGAAUAACACGCGCCAGCGUACGCUUUCUCCACUUCCACGCUCUGGUUUCCCUAGUGGUCCAGCGAGAGGUCGUGGUCGAGGUCGCGGUCGCGGAGGACCGCCGCCGCGUGGUGGGGGUGGAAGCAGGGGUCGCAGGGGCAAAUAA